AUGAAAGUCCAUUAUAUUAAUAUAUUGCUGUUUGCUCUUCCAUUAAAUGUAUUGGUAAAAUUAUGUCAUGUGAAUAAUCAAAGGAACCAUAAAAGCACCACACCACAUACACCAAGUCCUAUACCAACUACCAGGUUAUUAUGCGAAUGCGAAUUAUAUAUGCCUAAUUAUGGGAAUGACCCACAAAUGAAAGAAGUGAUAAAUAAUUUCAAUAAACAGACACAACAGAGGUUUCAUGAAUAUGACGACCGUAUGAAAACUGCACGCCAAAAAUGUAAAGAUAAAUGCGAUAAAGAAAUCCAAAAAAUUAUAUUAAAAGAUAAAUUAGAAAAAGAAUUA